GCCCCGCCCCUGGAGACCAGCCCCCUCCCUCUCGGCCGGGCCCCGCCCCUGGAGACCAGCCCCCGCCCCACGGCCGGCCGCAGAGCGCGGUGAGCUGAGGCGCCUGCUCAGAGCGCACGCGGUGCGGGGAGGCAGGGCCGCGCGCUCGAGCAUGGCGGCGGCGGCGCUGGGCAGUUCCUGUGGGUCCGCGUCCCCGGCGGUGGCCGAGCUCUGUCAGAACACUCCGGAGACCUUCCUGGAGGCCUCCAAGCUGCUGCUCACCUACGCGGACAACAUCCUCAGAAACCCUAAUGAUGAAAAAUAUAGAUCUAUCCGGAUUGGAAACACAACUUUUUCUACUCGACUCUUGCCUGUCAGAGGAGCUGUUGAAUGUUUAUUUGAAAUGGGCUUUGAAGAGGGAGAAACCCAUCUUAUCUUUCCUAAAAAAGCUUCAGUGGAGCAGCUGCAAAAAAUUCGUGACCUGAUUGCCAUAGAGAGAAGUAGCAGAUUGGAUGGAUCAGAUAAGAGCCACAAAGCAGAAUUAUCUCAGCAACUUGCAGCCAGCACCCAGCUUCCUACAGCGCAGGCUUCCGGUCCUAGUGGGUUAACCCAGCAUCCAGGGAACAGUGAAGGGCGGUCAUCAAACCCACCGUCCACUCCAAUGGUUACUGGUGAUUCAAUCAUUCUAAAAGCUCUUCAGUCCAACAUUCAGCAUGUACUGGUCUAUGAGAAUCUUGCUGUCCAGGAGAAAGUGCUGGCUUGUAUUCCAGUCCAAGAACUAAAAAGGAGAUCACAAGAAAAGUUAUCUAGAGCUAGAAAAUUGGAUAAAGGUACUAAUGUAAGCGAAGAGGACUUUCUUUUGCUGGAGCUUUUACACUGGUUUAAGGAAGAAUUUUUCCACUGGGUGGAUGACGUUUUGUGCAGCAAAUGUGGCGGCCAGACUAAGUCUAGAGGCGAAUCAUUGUUCCCCAGCGAUGAUGAGCGGAAGUGGGGUGCAAACAGGGUGGAAGAUCAUUACUGUGAUGCCUGCCACUUCAGCAAUCGAUUUCCGAGGUAUAAUAAUCCCGAGAAACUUCUGGAAACGAGAUGUGGACGGUGCGGGGAGUGGGCCAAUUGUUUCACACUGUGCUGCAGAGCCCUGGGCUUCGAAGCCCGCUACGUCUGGGAUUACACAGACCACGUCUGGACAGAAGUGUACUCCCCUUCUCAGCAGCGGUGGCUGCACUGUGACGCGUGUGAAGACGUCUGUGACAAGCCCCUCCUCUAUGAGAUCGGCUGGGGCAAGAAGCUGUCCUACAUCAUCGCCUUUUCUAAAGAUGAGGUGGUGGAUGUCACUUGGCGAUAUUCUUGUAAACAUGAGGAGGUCAUCUCCAGAAGGACUGAAAUUAAAGAAGAGUUACUUCGAGAAACUAUUAAUACACUUAAUAAGCAGAGGCAGAUAUCUUUGUCAGAAAACAGAAGAAAAGAACUUCUCCAGAGGAUCAUUGUGGAGCUUGUUGAAUUUAUAUCUCCCAAAAGCCCUAAGCCUGGAGAACUUGGAGGAAGGAUAUCUGGGUCCUUGGCGUGGAGAGUAGCCCGAGGUGAAACGGGUCCAGAGAGUAAAGAAACCCUGUUCAUCCCCUCUGAAAACGAGAAGAUUUCUAAACAGCUCCACCUUUGCUAUAAUAUAGUAAAAAAUCAUUAUGUCCGCAUUUCAAGUAAUAACCAAACCAUUUCUGGAUGGGAGAAUGGUGUGUGGAGAAUGGAAUCCAUAUUCAGAAAAGUUGAAACAGACUGGAACAUGGUGUAUUUAACCCGAAAGGAAGGAUCGUCUUAUGCUUACAUUUCCUGGAAGUUUGAAUGUGGGUCAGUUGGCCUCAACGUAGAUAGCAUUUCCAUUAGGACAAGUAGCCAGACCUUUGAGACAGGAACAGUACAGUGGAAAUUGAGAUCUGAUACAGCACAAGUAGAGCUGGCGGGCGAUAAAAUUCUUCGCUCCUAUCAUGAUUUUUCUGGUGCCACUGAAGUUAUUUUGGAAGCAAAAUUAAGCAGAGGAGAUGGUGUUGUUGCUUGGCAACACACCCAGCUGUUUAGACAAAGCUUAAAUGACCCUGAAGAAAAUUGUUUGGAGAUAAUUAUAAAAUUCAGUGACCUUUGAGAACCUGAACAUUAUAGAAAAGCUGGCAAUAAUCAAGGACAUAGCAUGUUCUAAAGUAGUCUCUUGGUUCCCUGCAUGCUUAGAUGGCAGUGUUCUACCCCCUGCUAGCAUAUUUCCUUGUUGGCUAUCCAUCGUGUUAACCCUCAUGAAAAUGUAUCUUUUUACUGUGGACCCUAAUGAAACCUUGAAUUAAAAGCUUCCUUCCAUAUGUGA